AUGGCCCUUUCCUUCGCAUCGCCAUGGCCGACUGCAGCUACUGCGAGUGCCACUGCUGCGCGUUCGGUGCGAUCCCAGCUCGGGCCAAGCGAUGGCCUACCGAGCCGGCAAACAAGUCAGCUUUUGCUGGGCUGCUCCGUGAUCGUCGUCUCGACGCGCGUGUGCCGCAAACUCCUGCCGGGGAGGAGCAAGCGUUCACAAGUUCAUGCACAAGGCCCGGUACCCCUGGGCAAUAUCUUUGAUGCAGCGGUAAAUCAAGGCGGACGUGGCAUGGGAGGCGGAUUUGUUGGUCCUGGGCCGGGCGACAUGUUCGGCGGACAGAAGAGAUCCCCGGAAGAAGAAGAGAAAGCGCGGAAGGUCUUGCAGAACAUACGGGACUUUCGGAUGAAGCCGAAGGAGGUGAAGGAAUACCUCGACCGUUUCGUUAUCGAGCAGGAUGAUGCCAAGAAGGUGUUGAGAUGCCUCGAUGAUCCCAGCCUUCGGGGUAAGAACUAUACCAAGCCGAACAUCCUCAUCUCCGGUCCUACGGGGAGUGGGAAGACCUACCUCGUGAGAACCAUGGCUAAGAUGCUCGGAGUGCCCUUUGCCAAGGCCGAUGCAACAAAGUUCUCCGAAACAGGCAUUGUCGGUGAAGACGCAGAGGAUGUUGUUAGACAGCUCGUGGAUUCAGCCGGGGGCAGCUCAGAGGUGGCGCAGUACGGAAUGGUGUAUAUAGAUGAAGUGGACAAGAUUUGCAGUGGCAGCGGUGGUACUGCCAGAGGUGGUUGGAAUGGAUCCCAAGUGCAAAGCAACUUCUUGAAGAUUAUGGAAGACACCGAAGUGGGGACAAAGAACUCCAUGCAGGCCAGCCUGUCAAGCAUGUUUGGGGGCGGCCAAGCUGACCAGACGAUUUCGACGAAAUUCGUGUUGUUCAUCUUCAGCGGCGCCUUCAAUGGCAUGAAUGAGAUCAUCAAGAACCGCGUGGGUACCAAGCCCAUGGGUUUCUUUGUCGACGGCGAAGAGACCGAUACUUUGGGCCUCAGCCCUUCAAAGGAGGAAAGCCAGAGCUACUUGCACCUAGCUGAGACGAAGGAUUUUGUUGAAGCGGGUCUAGAGCCGGAAUUCGUCGGGCGUAUUCCCGUCCGUGUAGCCAUCAGGGCCCUGACCAGCAACGACCUUUACAGAAUCUUGACGGAGGCCGAGGACUCGGUCCUGCUCCAAUUCCAGAAUGACUUCGACGGCUAUGGAAUUCAACUGAAGGCCGAGGAGGCAGCUUUGCGCCGAGUGGCAGAGCUCGCGGUGGAGGAGAGAACCGGGGCUCGAGCCCUUGUCACCAUCCUGGAGAAGGUCCUCCGCGGCUUCAAGUUUGAACUGCCUUCCACGAGCUGCAAAGAGCUGUUGCUCACCAAGGCUAUCGUAGAAGAUCCUCAGGGAAGCUUGCAGGACCUGUUGUGUGCCGCGCCAUUGGCAAGAGCAUCUGUGCAGCGGUGGCUGGAGACCGUCGAACGAACGUCCAAGAUACGCCUGGACAUGCCGGACGACGUGCGAGAUCGUAUCGUCGAAGAAUGUGCCGAGCAGCGCCAAGCCGCUGAAACCGUGCUUGACAGGAGGCUGAGGCAGACUGGCGUCAUCUCUGGCUUUGAAUCAAUCCGUGACGCAACGAAGGGGAAGGUGGACUUCUUCUGCGUGAACCAGGCCAUGCUCGACACGCCCGCCGAGGAGAUGCAGAAGUGGACCAAAGACUUGGAUGCCAUGGCCUAG